AUGGGCGGCCCGGUCGAGCGCUGCCCGCGCUCUUUCGACGUCGAGGCGCAGCGGAGCGCGGCGCAGGUGGACGCGGACGCGGCGCGCGGGUGCGUGGCGCCGUGCUGGGACGAGACGGACAACGGCAUCCCCGACGUUUGCCUCGAGCGGCGGUGGUGCCCCUUCAACCCGGACAACCCCGUCACGAACGACAACUUCGUGUGCCACGUCUUCGGGAACAUCGGCUUCCCCUACUUCGACCGGACGCGGAAGCGCUACAUGGGCGUCGCCAUGUGGUCGACGCUGCUGGCCAUGUUCGUCACGGCCUUCGGCGCGCUGUCGCUGUCCACGGACCCGGACGUCGUCCGCGCGAGCUACUGGCUCAAACUCGAGGCCGUCAACGGCACGGCGGGCGGCGCGACGGCCAAAUACUACCUCGGGCUCCGCUCCGUCGUCACGGUGCGCGGCGGCGGCGACGAGAGCACGGACCGCCUCGAGCAGGACUUCUACGUCGGCGCGAUCCCGGGCAGCGACUCGCGCGACCCCGUCCAGCGCGAGGUCCUGGACGCGUGCGCGGCCGGCGCCGCGGGGAACCAGAUCGGCGCCCUACUUUCCUGCGUGACGCUCAUCUUCGCGCUCCUGGGGACGAUCAACCGCAUGCGGUUCUCGAGCGACGCGAACGUGCAGAAGGCGCUGGGCCUCGUCACGGACACGUGGGGCGCCGCGACGCUGACGUGGACGCUCGCGCACUUCCACCUCCGGUGCUUCGCGGGCCUGCCGGCGCGCCACGGCGCGCUCGAGCUCGAGCACGCGUGGGGGCCGGCGUGGGUCUGCUACCUCGUCUGCUGCCUGAGCGGCAUCAUCCGCGCGGCGGCGCACUGGGUGACGCCGACGCCGGGCAACGGCGCGGGCGCGUGCGUGUUCAGCCUGCCACAGCGCAUCCUGCGCGUGCUGGAGGCGGACCUCGGCGACGCGCUCUCCUACGCGGAGCAGAAGCGCACGUACAAGCUGCUCCGCGCGGCCAUGGCCGAAGAGGGCCACGUCGUCAACGCCUUCGUGCGCGAGAGUCUGGCGAAGGUGUCGGGCGCGCUGAGGGACGCGGCCGGCGGCGUCGAGAACGCCGUCGCGGCGCUCGUGGGCGACGCGCGGCGCGCGACGGGCGUCGCCGGGCCCGAGGCGAACGGCGGCCUCGACGACGCGGCGCUCCGCGUGGCGCUCACGGUGGCCAAGCUGAAGCUGCGCCGCGCCCCCGCGAAGCGCGACCUCUUCGAGGGCAGCGGCCGCCCGACGACGCGCGGCGACCUCGCCAGGCGCACGGUCCGCGCGGCGUCGAUGCCGUCGCUCCUCCUCGGCCUCGUCGACGAGCGCCACCCGCCGGAGCCCGUCCGCGUCCAGCCCUCCUUCGGCGCCGGCGAGGAGACGAGGCCGCCGGAGGGGGCGAUGUCGAAGCUCGGAGACGCGCUCAAGCCCGGCCUCGGCGCGCUGCUCGCCUUCGCCGUCGUCCAGCAGGUCGGCGUGGUCCUCGCGGACCACGGCCUCAAGUGCGUCUGCCCGCCGACGGGCGCCCUGGCCGUGCUGCUGUUUCUCAUGCCCGGCGCGCCGGCGUCGCAGCCCACGUGCGUCGUCCUCGCGCACGUGCUCGCCGCCGCCGCCGCGAGCCUCUGCGUCGACUACUACCCGGCGGCGCUCGCGGAACUCGUGCCGCCGACGUCCGGCGCGGUCGUCCUGGCCAUCGUCGCGAUGAAGGCCUUCGGCGCCGUGCACCCGCCGGCGGCGGCCUACGCCUUCCUCUUCGCCAUGCAGAAGAUGCCGCCGGUCAUGAUCGUCAAGGGGCCGGGCUUGCUCGGCGCGCUCGUGCUCCUCGCGGUCCAGCAGGGCGCGUAUCUCCCGGCGCUCAAGGCCCUCGAGGCCAAGGGCAAGACCGCAACACCGCAGCCUCGCGCCGCAGCCAUAAUGGCCGCGCUCGUCGACGGCAAGCCGCCGGCGCGCAUCGCCGUGCUCGGCGCCGGCUGGUGGGCGCAGGGUUGGCAUCUUCCCGACCUGCACACCAACCCGGAAACGACCAUCGCCGCCAUCGUCGACCCGAACCCGCAGCCGCGGUCCGCCAUCCCGCCGGCGCUCGAGCCGCUCGCGGCGCUCGCCGCGAAAUACGACUGCCCGACGUUCGCGAGCUUGGACGCGCUGCUCGCGGCGGGCGUCGCGUUCGACGGCGUCGUCUGCUGCGCGCCGCACGCGUCGCACUACGCGCUCGGCGCGGCGGCGCUGGCCGCCGGGAAGCACGUGCUCAUGGAGAAGCCCAUGACGACGGACGUCGGCGAGGCGGCGCGGCUCGCGGACGCGGCCAAACGGCAUCCGCGCCUCUACUUCGCCGUGAACAACACGGCGUCGUGGCGGCCCCAGGCGCUCGCGGCGGCGGCCUGGGUCCGCGGCGGCCGCGUGGGCACCGUCGAGCACGUCAGUUGCUCGUUCCACAGCCCCCUGCUCUGGCUCUUCGACGACCCGGCGAACGUCGGCUGGACGACGCCGUCGGGCGCGAUGCUCGGCAACGGCUUCGCCUGGGGCCAGAUGAGCCACCCGAUCGCCUGGAUCCUGCAGGCCACGGGCCUCGAGCCGUCGUUCGCGACGUGCGCCAUGACCUUCGCCGAGAGGUCGGGCGCGGACCUCACGAACGCCGCGACGAUCGAGACGAAAUCGGGCGCGACGGUGUCGCUGUCCGGCGCCGGGUCCGUGCCGGGCACGGCGCACGGCGCCGGGUCCGUGGGCAAGUUCGUCUCCAUCCGCAUCUUCGGCUCCGAGGGGAUGGUCUCCUACGAGGGCGACGACUCGAAGCCGGAGAGCGGCAAGCUCGAGCUCUCGCGGCGCGACGGCGGCCGCGACGUCGUCGACGGCUUCCUCUUCGAGAACUUCGUCCAGGGCGGCCGCGGGCCCGAGAGCCUGCUCGCCUUCGUCGCCGCCUGCCGGGGCGAGGCCGCCGUCGCCGCCAUCGACGCGCCCCUCGGCGCGGCCGUCGUCGGGACGAUCGACGCCAUGUACCGGAGCGCCAAGGCCGGCGCGCGCGUGAGCAUCGCCUAA